AAAUCUAUCAAAGGCUGCCCCUCGCGCUGCACGCCCUCUCAGGCUCUCCUACUCCCCUUUCCUUCUCCCUUCGCGAAUCCUCUGGAAUCCGCGGCUUCCGGCAGUUAUGCAUAUGCCAAAGUCUAUGAGAAGAGUUCUGAAGCCAUGACACACAGAGAAACAGCAUGAGCUUGCUUGUGUGUUACAUAGUUAAUCUCUUGAUGCAAGAUUUGUGAAUCAUGAUGCUCAAUUUGUCCAUAUCAAUUAAUAUGCAUUAACAAAAACAAGAGUCUUACAGACUACAAUCUUUCUUCGUCCAUAUUCUGAAGAUAGCCUUGGUUUGGUGAAAGUAGUGGGCAGGGAAUGUUCAGUUAUAUGUCUGCAGUUUGCCUACCACGAUCCAAUUAUUGUCGUAUAUACUCCAGCCAAUUGCGGCAGAGAUAUGCAGCAAGCACAAAGGAAAUUUUAAGCUGCUAACUAUGGCCACGAUUGUGAGUUUAAUGGGGCGCCAGUUGCGUCUCGGAUUGGUUGCAAAGCGCCGAAGCAUGAGCUUGAGGCUCUCUCUCCCAGCACGUGACAAAUUUUCUAGAAUCAGUUGGAAUGCAAGACAUUUUUCAUGGAAAGCAGGAGGCACUUCUGUUGGACUCUGUUUAAUCUUUUCAACUUCUGGACCGGCGCAUGCUGAAGCUUCCAGGGGAAAAAUUGAUGAGAGUAAUGAGUGCAGUUCACCAUCUUUCAACACUUCUCAUGGAAAGAAAGUUUACACUGAUUAUUCCAUAACUGGAAUACCAGGAGAUGGAAGAUGCUUGUUCCGCUCUGUGGCUCAUGGGGCCUGCAUCCGCUCAGGCAAACCUUUGCCUGAUGAAGACCUUCAGAGAGAGCUGGCAGAUGAGUUGAGGGCUAGGGUUGCAGAUGAAUUUGUUAAGAGACGGGCAGAGACGGAAUGGUUUAUUGAGGGUGAUUUUAACAGUUACGUCUCCCAGAUUAGAAUGCCACAU